GAAGUUCCAUGGAACGUCCCUCCAAGAGUUUGACUCCCUAACAAGAAAAAAACUUACAACAACAAUAUAAAUAACCAGCGUAAAGCUGAUUCAAGACUCUUAUGUUUGCUGCUCUUCAGUCACCAUGAAGAACAUUACUCAACUCUUUUUAGCAGUCUUGCCAUGGCUGCUAUUCCUGCUCACUCCCAAGGGGUUUUGUUACCAGAGAAUUAAUUGCCAGUGGGGGCCUUAUGGUGAUUGGUCAGAGUGUGAUGGCUGUACCAAAUUACAGACAAGAAGCCGAGCCAUGGCUGUCUACUCUCAGUUUGGAGGGAUCCCCUGUGAUGGAGAGCGGUCUGAGACCAGGUCCUGUGAAACCACACAAGGCUGCCCUCUAGAAGAUGGAUGUGGAGACAGGUUUCGCUGUCGAUCAGGGAAGUGUGUUAGCCAGUCUUUGGUGUGUAACGGAGAUCAGGACUGUGAGGAAGAUGGACACGAUGAACAUGUCUGUGGCGAUCAAAGCUACAUUAUAUGUACACAAACAGCUUUCCCGCCUAACAUUGAUCUCCUAGGACUCGGGUUUGAUGCGGUGUCAGAAAAGUGGAGGGCCAGUGUCAUCAACACAAAGAGCUUUGGGGGCCAAUGCCGCAUUAUCUACAGCGGUGUCCACAAUGCCUUCUACAGACUGCCCCUUAGUACUACCCAGUUCAGCUUUAUGGUUAAAGUUCAGAAUGACUUCAGUGACGAGACGUACACCAGUAAAUGGCACUAUGCAAAGGACAUUGUCAACAGACAGACAGUGUCCGGGACCACGACAGGAUAUCGAAACUAUGACUUUCAUGAGACAACUGACAGGAGUCAGAUCCAGAAGCUUUUGGUUUUAAAGAAUGACAUAGAGGUAGCUCAAUUCCAGAGCAACUCUCCUCAGUACCUCCCAAUAUCUGAGGAGUUGUGGAAGGCACUGGCCAAACUCCCAUCAGUCUACAACUACGCUGCCUACAGGAAGGUUUUGGAGAGGUUUGGAACACACUACCUGUCUGAGGGAACCCUUGGAGGCUCCUUAAAGAUCGUCGCCAGCAUUGAUGAUGAAACUGAAAGACAUUUGGUCAGCGAAACGGAGCAGUAUAAUGAAUGUGCAAGGACUAAACGCUGGAUUCUUUUUUUCCCCAUUACCCACGUGAGCUGCACGGGUGAUCAAAGUGAACGCACAUCAUCCAGUGGUUUUACCAGGAGCAAUAUUAUGAAAAGAGUGGAUGUGCAGGGUGGAGGCAUCGAACAUAUUGCACCACUGAAGACAAUGCAGGUCACUGAUCCGGACAAGAACUGGGAAAUGUACUCAAACUGGGCUGAGUCUGUUCGAUCAUUUCCAAAGGUCAUAAAACAAAAGCAGCUGAGGCCGCUGUCAGAGCUGGUGAAGGAGGUUCAGUGUGCCGGGGUGAAGAAGCUCUACCUUCGCAGAGCCAUAGAGCAGUACCUUACUGAGAGCCACCCCUGCCACUGCCGGCCCUGCAGCAACAAUGGCAUGGUUGUCAUGGAUGGAGAUGAAUGCAAAUGCAUCUGUAAGCCUGGCACAUCAGGACUGGCCUGUGAGCAGGGAAUUGACGCGGAGGGUCAGCAGGGAGUGAUCCAUGGCAGUUGGGCUUGCUGGUCUGCGUGGUCAUCGUGCUCUGGGGGCCGAAGUUCAAGAAGUCGUUCCUGCUCCAAUCCCACUCCUCAGAAUGGGGGACAGCACUGUAUCGGAGAACCCACUGAGACAUCUGACUGUGAAGACCAAGACCUGCAAUACUUAAAAACCAUGGAGCCUCAGUGCUUUGACAAAACUCUGCCAGCAAGUCAGAAGUGUGGAACCCCGCCUGCUCUAAUCAACGGCUAUGUCCUGGACCCUAAAGACAUUUACCUUGUGGGUAGUAGGGUUGAGUACAGCUGCACUGAAGGUUACUAUCUUACUGGUCACAGCACCCUAGAAUGCACUGCUGAUCAAACCUGGUCUGGCCGCCCUGGACUGUGCACAGUCUCAAGGUGCCAGAUUGUCUCCUUUGCUGAAAAUGUCAUAGCCUCUCCUUUAAAAGAGGCCUAUGGCAUAGGGGAGACAAUCACCUUGUCCUGUCCAGCGGGUAGACAGCUACUAGGAGAAGCAACAAUUAUAUGUGACCCCAGUCUGAAUUUUUCACCAGACCCAGCGGACAUCAAAUGCGGCCCAGUCAUUACACCACAGUCCUUUCCCUUGGUGCAAUGUAAACCGUGGGAGAAGUCUUCCAGAGGAAAAUGUGUUUGCAAAAUGCCUUUUGAGUGCAGGUCGUCUUUGGAGAUGUGCGCCACUAUUCCUGUGAGUAGAAAAUCCAUCCUUCUGAAUGUGUGCAAAAUGCACGUACUGCAGUGCAUGGGGAAGAACCACACGAUAGCAGAAGACAGCACCUGCAAGUGGCCAGAGCGCAGCACAACAGGCUGCACCAAUUGUCACAUGUGGGAGACCUGUGACGAGCAAACCAACGAGUGUCGCUGUAAGGACUCUGCAGAUUGCUUGACCCCAGGAUUAAAUGUGUGUGUCCGUGUUGGUGAGGAUGCGACUGCAGCGACUCAGACCAUGAGCGAGUGUGAAGCAGGACUACAGCGAUGUAAAGGAGAAAGGGUGUCAGUUGUCAGUAUCCUGCCGUGCGCUUCCUGAGGAUGUGGGAGGAGGGUUUGACCUUAUAACCUUCUAUCUCCACCUUCCUUUACACAUUAAUCUUCUAUAACAAUUUCCUCAUAUCAAGUGUCAUUGCUUUAACACAUUGUAAAAGUACAAUGUUAUUCAUGUAUAAAACUAUAAUGUAAAACUGUAUUAAGACAAUGAGUAAAUAACAAAACACCA